CUAUAUGAUAGGUUCUUACUUUUAAGCUUUACGUCGACAUUGUGUAUAAAAGUAAAAUUCAAGUAAGUAUGAAUAUAUAUAUAUAUAUAUUGCUUUUAUUGUCUACAGAGCACUUUUCGACCAGAGAGAGGUUUUCUCAGAAACGUUUGUUCUGAGAUGUUGUCUACAACGAUAAACACAUUCCUGUUGGUGACAUGCAUUCACAUUGUCACUGUGAUAUCUCAAGGUGGAAAUAUCACGUGCACGGUACCCCCUACACACAUGUUCCAGGACGCGGUUCUCACUUGUAACUUUCCCGAAGACUUGAAUGUGACGAAGAAAGACUUUACAGUAUACCACUACCUUGACCAUAAUGCAGAUGCUGUUGUGGACUGUUGGUGGCUGAGGGGCAACAUGAGUUGCUCUGCUAAACCCAAUGUUCAAUACCAGAGAAGUGUCAACACAACCUUCAAUAUAACACUUGUUAAUGUGUCCUCUACCCACGCUGGCACAUACGCUUGUCAGUUUGUUGACAAUGACCCAAAGAUAAUUCAAAAAUGUCACCUCGAAAUUUUAAUAGCUUUGUCAGAAGAUUCUGGCCAUAUUUCGGUGAUCGGACUUUCACUAGGUUUACUGGCUGCAGUUGUGUUGGUAGCUGGAGCCAUUGUCUUGUACAUUAUGUAUAGAAGGUAAGCAAUAUGUCUGUAUACAGUUUUUUCAAAAGUAAGCUUCACGACUUUCUUUGAUUAGAAACACGUCAGAGAGAUUUAAAACUUUAAUAGCAUUA